GCUGAGCACAAUGAUCAUCACUCUUGCCGUCAAUUCCGCACUCGAUGCGCCGCGAUGGAGUCCGCCCCAGUGGACGACGGCCUCGUGUUCCUGCCGCGCGCGUCCUCGGCCCUGGAGCUACUGUGUGUAGCCCUCUACCUGUCGCUGGCGCUCGUGGCCGCCUGCCGUGCGCUGUCGCAGGGCUCGACGUUCCAUCGCAGCCAACGCAGCACCUUCCAGCGACUCAUGGUGUUGUUCGCCGUCACCCGCGCCGCGUCCUUCUUGGGCGAAGGUUUAGCCCGUAACCUGCUCAACCGAGCGGCACUGUGUCUGUUUUUCAGUCUCGUGCUGUUCCAGACGCUGCUAUGGAUCGAUAUCGCCAACCCGAAAGUCUCGACGCGAUCGAGACGCAUCUGGAUCGCCUUCGUAGUGGCCAACGGACUGUUCUACGCCGCCGUUCUGGGCCUCUCGGUACUGCAUGAGGCCAAAGUAGCCCAAGCCCAGCAUGCCAAGGCCAGACUGAACCGAUCCACGCUUUGGACGGGCGUGCUGCCUGUGCUCUUCAUCGCCACAGGCAGCUUUGUCAGCUCGCUGGGACUCGUGUACUCAACAUUGAAGAUGCGGCGUCGAGUGGAGAGAGUACUAAAGCCUUCGAGGGCAGGUUUAAGACGUAGGCUGGAUGAACGCGUGGAAAAGAAACUCACGAGGGCGUUGAGGUUCACGAGCUUCGUCAUGGGGGCGUGUUCGGUCUUGUUUUUUCUGCGGACAAUCAUCUACGUCCAGAGACCAUUCUCGCAUCAAGGAUGUGGAGAUAUUCACAGUCCUGACGUGUGUGUUGUGGUGGGCUACGCGAUCCCGGAGAUCGUGCCAUGUGUGUUGUUUCUAGUGCUUAUGUGGGAGGUGGAGCCGACGCUGGAGAUCCCGUCGAGACGUAGUUUGAGCUAUACUAAUGGACGGGUGACGUCAGAGUCAACGCCAUUGCUGGACAACGACGUGAUGCCUCGACCGCUUUUGGUGGCGGCUAAGAAGCUCACGGACGGAAUCGGCGUGGCGCCAAAUCAGGCGACGACGCAGCCGAAUUCACCGCCUGGCUCACAAAGUGGAUAUUUUACGGUUGGCCGUCGACCGAGUCCGCUGUCAUUAGGUCUCGGAAAUGGAGUGCUGAGUCGUGCUAGACGCCGAUUAGAGCUUGUGGUCCGACAGCAUUUGGGUGGAACUAGCAGAGAGCAGCAGGCGCUGGGCGGGAUGUCUAGCCUCGAUUCUGCAAGUAGCCUGGACUCACCGUCGGGAUUGUUUGAAUACGAGCGACAGGCAAAGCAGGUAGCUAUGGCAGAUGGCUCAUGGAAUGAUCCGAGGUGGCCAACGCAGUCUGCUUCAUCGACACCGUGCGCAUGGUUUUCAUUUCAGUGUUUCAACCUGACACUACCGUCCAAGUCAUCGGUGAGGGCAUCAUCGUUCGUGGUGCUUCAUCUGAUGAAUGUCGAGACAGGUGCGGUGCUGGCGGAGAUUGGCCGAACGGAGAUUUCACAUUCCGAAGACCCGUGCUUUCACAUGAUGGUGGCUGUCGAAAUGCGCGAGCAAGAUCUGCUUCGCGCUUCGGUAUACUCGGUUCGAAACCCGAACUCACUAGCGAACUUGGAUAGCCAGUGGCUCGUUGGAGACCCACUUGUUCCGCUUUCGUCGUUCAUGCUGGGCUCAGUGCCCGCUAUCGGACGGGCAGCUAUUUUCUCGCUGUAUUCUCCUCUAUCUCGAACGCGAUCUUCUGGUGAAAUUGUUAUCCGAUGUGAAGCAGAGGUGAAGGGCCUGCAUGCUGGAAUGUCUGUUGAUGGGCUUGAGCGCAUCACUCGGUCGUUCAUGUAUAUUGGAAUUAAAAGUACCGACGCAGAGGAUCACGAUGACUCGGCAUAUUCUGAGAUAGCCCAGCAGAUGAUAAGUCUUGCGUCUACCUCUCAACGCACGCAGGGCAAAGUGCUGGUCGAAGAAGAGCUGAUCGAAAGUGUGUAUACGUGGGAAGUACCUUAUCAACUGCUUCAGCUGAUCCUAUCUGACUUGCUGAUGAAGCUUGAUUCGCUGAAACGUGAGAUCGCGCACGAGGACGGCAACGAAAGCUCUUCAUCGACUCCCUCCAGUCAACUCUCAACUCCUAGUGUUGGUGGCUAUUCGAUGCCUUCGGUGAUUACUACUCCAAGAGCCCUCGGUACUGUGCAAGAACAUGAAACUGGUCUGGCAAUACAGUCGUCAGAAGACGCUGGAUCGUUGACAUCGGCCACUUCGGGAUUGAGUUCUUCAUUUACGCUAGAGAAUCGGACUAGACCAGCAACUAGCAUUGGGAUGCUAUCGGAGAUGAUUAUUCAGAUUCAAGAUGAUGCAAUCGAGCGGAAAAAGCGGAAGUGGCGUCUGGAUCUCGUGAAGACAAUGGAGCAGUAUAUCUCGGAGGUGGAGGACUCUAUCUUGCGAUACGGAGCCACCCAACAUGCAGGACUCACUUUCAAGCCGAGUACCAUGAAAGCAGACGCAGACCUUCGUUUCCUGGCGCUAAAUCUGCAUCAGCAAUUGAUGACGGUAGGCAAUGCAGCUCCUACGUCUGAAAAAGAUGUGCAAUACGGCGACCAAACAAGCCAAGCGCGCUACGCUCGUCUCGUGAACUCGUUCGUGGGGACUCUUCUGUCGUCGCCCCUGCAUUUAUCGAGGAAAUCCAGUAUGCGUGAUCAACAGACUGACCUUGAUUCCAUGCAGUUUAUCGGUGAUGACAUCAUUGAUGAGAAAGAGGCUGUAUCGCCUGCGCCGCCGGACGAAUCACCUCUUGAACCCGUUGAGGCACUUCGCCGGCGUGUGAUUUCUUUCGAUUCUGCGGAAACGAUCGUUAACAAGAGAGCAGCAGGCCAGGAUUUAUCUGUCCCUUCUGAACAGCGAAAGCUGGCAGAAACCAUUGUUGCGAUGGGAAUCACUGAAGAAGAAUUUCAGAGGAUCUACGGACUUGAUGAAAAUGUCGAUGCUUCAGAUCCAAUCGAUAUCGUUGCCAACAUAACCUUGAACGAGUCGGAGUGUGAGGAAGUGAAACGUGCUGUGCCAAGCAGUUGGGGUGGCUCGUCGUACCAAGGCUCGAUGUCUAGUGCAGAACCGAAGAAAGUGUCGAUGACGAUUGAUACGAAUGCUAGAAGUCGUCCACCCUUUUACAGACACAGGAUGUACGGCACAACAACUGUUGGUGCCUUUGCGGCUCACGUGUAUGGGUUUAAGAGCGGUGGUGUGCGUCAGAUGCGUGCAGAGUUGGAGAAACUUCACACACGUUUGGUCAAAGAAGCACAAGCCAGCUCAGAUCUCACAAUGGAUGCAUUGGAACGCAAGUAUAACGAACUUAAGUGGGAUGUGGAGCGCCGACUUGAGGUAGCUUUCUGCCAGGCGAUGAGUGCUCUAGUGACGUGUUUUCAGCAAACGCUUUAUGUGCAUACGCAUGAUCAUCGGGAUUUUGGUCCUCAUCCGCUGAAAGCUUGUGGUAUCGACUACCUGGAAAUGCUCACGAGAGUUGGCUUCCUGUUCUCUGUUGAGAGCUUGUUGUCAACGUAUGGCAACGAGUUAGGAAUGCUAGGCGACACAGAGGCAGCCGUCAAGGAGCUUGGACGAGUUCACAUCAAGUUACGACCUGUGAAGUCGCCACGCGCUGCUGCUUUUCGUGUCUCCAUCACUUCCGGGCCGUCAGGGAUCGUAAUCGAGCUCCCUAUCAUUACUCGUCGCGCGAGUGAGUUUCCAGAUCGUAGUAUGCAUCGCGUUCCGGGCCAAGAUGCAGUGUCGGGGGCCAUCUACUUGUCCUUGUCAACUCCCGAGCAGAAGAUGCGCGCGAAGUUUUUGUUCCAGAAGCCUAUUCGAGUGAUCCCUGUAAUCUUUUCUCAGGGACUGAAUGAAAUGCAGACGGUUGCCAACACCGUGGGUAAGGCCUCUCUACAGAAAGAGAUCAACGCUGAGAACGUGGUCGAGCUGGAGUCGUAUGUCAAGAAUUUUUCCGAAUGGGUGACUAAGAAGCAGUGCCGAGAGACAUCGCUUCCAAUCUUCGACCCUGAGGAUCUCGAUCGGAUUCAGACGUCUCUGAUGGCUCUCAAGCUGAGUAUCCAGCUUUCCGGACGGUCUAAACGCAUGGCCAUUCUCAGUCUGUCGUCAUCCAUAGCUCGUUCUGUUGGUGGCGGUCGAGUGACAAUGUGCAAAUCAGCAAAGGACCGGACGUCCAUGUCGAUCACUCUUGAAGAAGCUAACUUGCUCGUGCGCUCGCAUGGGCUUCUCGCUGAUGACAUGGAAGCCUUUACGAAUCUAUUCCGAACAUACGGCGUCCGUCGCGAAAAUGCGCGGAAAAACAUUGGCAAAGCACAAUAUUGCUUCAGCGCACUGCAAAAUUACAUGCUACCACCGGAUUAUCAAUGCCCACCUGGCACAGGUGGCGGCAGUCGUGCGUAUUCGUAGAACAAUACGGCGGGGGAAGUGUGGCAUCAAUUCGGUGCUGGGGUGGACUGUAAUUUAUGUUUCGAUUCUUUCGUUUGACUAGACUAAAACGCUACAGACGAGUACUACAGAGGAUACUGGAGUGGUAUCAAGUGUUCAGUGGCGCGUCAGGAUGUCCCGCAUCGACAUGGUGCGAGGGUGAGUGGGUGGGCCCUCCUGGGUGACAGGCAUUGACUGUGUGUCGUUUUUGAAGCUGGUUAGGAUGGAGGCGUCGACGAGUAGGUUCAGCGAUGGAAUGGUUGACGUCGGCGAUCUGGUAGUCUGCGUGCAGAUCCGUGGGGCUGUCCAGGAGUUACUUUUAAGACACGGGUUCACGCUUGAGAAGGCGACACUAGUCUCCUUGCUUGGACUGACACGGUUGAGGUCGAGGUUGAAGCCGUGAAUCGUAUGCGGUGGGGUCAAUAGUGGUGCUGCUGGAGUGUAGGGAGCAGAGAAAGACGCCGUGGGCUGCGCCAUAGGGGCGUUUGCCAUGAAAUCACUCUCAUCGGGCUCGGACAUGCGCUCGUCAUCAUCAGAAAUGGUCGUCGUGGCGUUGGAGAGUGUUGGGGACGAGCACCAAGAGCUCGUGCGCACAGUAGACAUCUUGGAUGACACUGCUCCUUCCAGUGAUGGUAGACACAGCUGCGGCAUCUUCACUUGCAGUAGACGCUUAGCGCUCGCACCUCGAAGACUGGGCGCGUUGGGAUGCAGAACUGCAGUGGGCAACGACUCGCCUUCCUUCUCGAGUUUGCGUCGAAGGUUCUCCAUGGCCUCCAUGCGGAUGCGUUCGACGUUCUUCUCGCUUCGGAAUCCCAGGUACGGCCAGCGUCGAAUGCCCAGAGAUCGGCACACGCGGAUGAGAGUGCGGCUGCUGAUACCGAGAUCUUCGGCGGCUUUCUUGGCGGUGAAAGUGAAAAGCUCAGCAAGUACGUCGAAGGACAGCGUCUUGAUGCCGUGUCUUGUGUGGACGCGGACGACAUACGACGCGUAGGAUGCUGCAAGCGCGUUCUUGUGGCGCAACAUGGCAGGAAAAGAUGCGGCCGGUGGCGCAAUGGUGUGCACGGAAGGUAACGGGCUGGUCAUGGUUGAAGUGGUGUUUCCCGGUGUUUGGUGGACUCGAGGUCGAGUGGGUGGAAUGGAUGCUCGGUGAAUCACGUGACGACCGAGAGCUCAAGUUACCAGAGACCGUGCGUCGCUGUGGGGCUGGCGUUGUCUUGGCUGUGGCAAAUUUGAUAGUGACACUGGAGGCCACUUGUCCAGAAUUUGUGGAGGGGCUAAGAACGGUGGCGACAUGCACUGGAAGGACCCAGUGGUGGAAGAAGAACUACGUUUGACGUGGCCAGCAUAGCGGCGAGAGGUAACCGAAUGCGUCGUACGGCUACUUUUUCCAUUAUUUUGCGUCUUUCCAGUGCCUUGCAACCUGGUUUGUCCUGCAAACUGUGCCCUAAAUGAGUGACUCACGCGACGGUUUUAGCGUUCCCGUUUUUCGACGGAACUUGCGCGCAACGGCGACCGCCAUGUCGUCGCACUGAAAUGCUGCCGGGUGGAGCGCUCUCUUGUCAAACCCGCCGGAAGCGGUCUAAUUUGCGUUGGGGAAGGGGUCUAAACUGUAGACUACAAGGGGUCUGCACGUCACCGAUUACACUGGACUUUUCGAAAUCGGACAGACCCGGUGUGUAAGUGUGUGACUGAAACGCUGGAAUAGUCAGUUGUGGUAAGUGCGUACCACUCGACUACCCAAAGGACACUUCAACAUGACGGAGCUUUUGGAUGGCGAUUAGCAGCGAGAGGCCUGUCCUUUGAGAAGACGCUUUGUUUGAUCGCUGCAAUACCGUGGGGUGUGGCGCCAAGCGAUAUCUAUAACCGACAUAGCUGAUUCGUGGGAUACCGGCCUUUGGGGAGACGUAGCAUCGCGACAAUCUCGGGCGGCAGGUCAACCAUGACGGAACAAGUCUAUCGUGACGAACUGUAUGCGUGAAAAAGGCAGCAGUGGGAGGUUCCCUCCAGAUGGUACCCAGUGGCUUCAGGUGCUCGAGAAUAAUAGGCAAGCAGCGUUCAGAUCGAUAACAGACCCCAUUGCUACUGCACUGCCUGCCUGCGAUGCACAAGAAAGCAGGCCUGACAGAGUUCAGCCUGUGCAACAACCCGCUUCAUUUCGACAAAAGAAACGGCGUGGUCUUGUCGCCAGUCGAUAGGCCGCCACGCAACAAACAACACUGACAGAACGGUCAAGGAUGGCACACCGUCAUGGCAAAUGUGUUUGCUGGAUUGUCACCCGCUUUCGCAAUUGACCACCGACGGAAAAUUCCCCCGAUACAGGUACAACUUGGCCAUGGCGAUCACGUGAAAAAACUCCAUUCGAAGAGCGCGUCGCCGCCCUCGACGUUGUCUUAGUCGUACUGGCAUACCCAUGGGUUCGCUAGUUUCCGUGGAGCUAGCGUCAGCGACGCCGUCACUCGUUGGUCAGUCGCUCUUGACUGCGCACAGGCUCGAAUAAGGCCCUUUGUUAUCUCAGUCAACGCUCAUUAAACGCCGUUAUGGAUCGAAACUGCGUCUUAGCACUCACUCUCUUCAUAUAUUACUCGUCCACCUUCUGUCACUAGAGAGCUCCAAGGCCGACGCCUUCGAAUCCACCGCUAGUGAUCUCCAUCGCCUCUGCCGCUGCUGACUCGUCGAGCGCACGACGAAUGGCAGACGACGUGCUGCUCUUCUGCUUCUUGAUCUUGGGAGACUUGGCUGGUCGCGUCACGUUCUGCCAGUGGCAACAAGGAGAUUCAUCAGCAAAAUAAAAUAAGAUAGCCCAAGAAUAAAUGGCAUCUUAUAAUAUUUAGUGCCACGUACAGUGCUGACUCCCAGCUUUUUGCACAACGCCUCAGCCUCCGCCCACUUGAGCACGCCGUACUCGAGGCACCACUUCUGCGCCAUGCGACUGUCCGGUCGCUGCUGUAGCAGGCUCUCGUAGAAGACGCGGUCCGCAAAGCCCGGCGACGGCGUCGGGUGCUUCUGGCCAGGCUUGCGAUUGGCUUCCUGCUCCUUCGACCAUUCCUCCUCCUCGAUCAUCUUUCGGAAAUGUAGUGACAAAGAGAUAUUUUAUGAUGGAAAUGAUGUGGC